AUGUCGGAGUCUCUGAGAUCCAGCUGCCAUGCUCUGAUUGACGGGAUCGGUACCCCAUACGGCUAUCAGCCCUCAGAAGCGGCCGGCAUUGCCUUUCUCGUUCUUUUUGGUCUGUCAAUGAUCGUGCAUACGGUGCAAUUCGCCUGGUCGAAGACCUGGUGGUGUGCUGUCUUCAGCGUCGGCUGCCUGACUGAGAUACUCGGCUGGGCGGGCCGGACAUGGUCCUCGCAGUGUCCAUACAACAUGACUGCGUUCUUGAUGCAAAUCUCGACCCUGAUCAUCGCCCCCGUGUUCUUCACCGCCGGCGUCUACGUCCUCCUCGGCCGCUUCAUUCAGAUCCUCGGUCGCGAGUCCUCCAUUAUGAGCCCCAAAAUGUACCUGUGGGUCUUCUGCACCUGCGACGUCAUCUCGCUCGUCAUCCAGGCCAUCGGCGGCGGCCUCGCCUCUGUCGAGUCCAACAAGAUCAACGGCAACACCGCCCCCGGCACCCACAUCAUGGUCGCCGGCAUCGUCUUCCAGAUGUUCUCCAUCACCGUCUUCGUGGUGUGCGCCGCCGACCACGUCCGCCGCGUCCUCCGUCUCCGCCUGUGGAAGUCCGUCGACGGCUCCUUCCUCCCGCUCUUCGGCGCCAUGGUCUUCUCCGUGCUCUGCAUCUACGUCCGGAGCAUCUACCGGACUAUCGAGCUGGCCGAGGGCUGGUCCGGCUACCUCAUCACCACCGAGCGCUACUUCAUCGCCCUCGACGGCGCCAUGAUGGUCGCCGCCGUCGUCAUCUUCAACAUCUUCCAUCCCGGCUUCAUCAUGCCCAAGUCGAACAAGUAUCUCCACCAGGCGCCACUGGCUGGCGAGGAGGGCGUGCAGCUUUACUAG